UUCGAGCGUUACCUCCACCUGUUCAAGAUAUUAUUUCUCUCUCUAAAGUCGAUCGCCCUCUCUCUCUCUCUCUCUAAAAACCUUUAAAAUCCCUGGAAUCUGUAUUGCGUGAUUGACAUUUGUUCACGAUCUCCCCUAACGGAAGAAGCUAGGGUUCGGAUUGAUUUCUCUGCUCAUAAUAAUAAUAAUCUGAUUUGCUUUUUGGAAAAUAAUUUUGCUAUGGCAAACUGGAGAGAACGAGAUUUGUUUCACAUCGACGAGAUCGAUCCCGUGGACGCGUCGAACGGCGAAGAUUUCGACGAUUCUUCGUCGGUAGACAGUGCUACUUCCGAUGGUUCGAGGACGCAGGUUGGACUUACGGAGCGUUUGACGGAUAUUCUCGUUGACGAGCGCGACGGCGAUCUGUUGAUUCAGCAGACUAAUAGAGAGGACCGGUUGUUGUGGUGGCUUCAGGCUCUCGAUAUGCAAGUUAUGGGAGCGUGUCGCGCCGACGAGCGGUUGAAGCCCUUGCUGAAGAUGAACGCUUCCUGCGGCGUCGCGGAAGAUCCUCUACUGGCUCAAUUGACUCAGCAUUUUGAGCCAUCUGAAGUUGGAAUAUUAGCGAGAUGCUUCUGCGUGCCGCUUGUUUCGUUCCGCGUCGGGAAGAUCAACAAGGAAGGGACUCGCUUCAGCCCUACCUCGAAUAGGGGUAACUUGACACUCGUACUACUGCCAAGUUCUGAUCUUCGUCUCUCAUUCAUUGGGGAUGAUGGUAGAACAGAGAGAUUAUUCACCCUUACCAACAAAUCCCAAUGCUCUGCUGUUGUGGUUGAUGAAAUCCCAACUGAUAGUUCUGGCCGAUCGUUCCUUGUAAGGACUCCAGAUAGCAGAGCUUUUUAUUUCUGGUGCUCUGAAAAGUCUAAGCUUUUGGGAAUUGAAUUGCUUGGAAAGAUGAAGGAUUUGCUCAAGAGGAAACCAUCCAUUGUUGAGCUGAGUGGCAUUAGCAAGUCACGACUUGACUGCUUUGCAACUCAGCUUCGGGCUUUUCUUGUGGGGACAACAGGAGGCAGUAGUCAUGAUAGUUCAGUUUGUGCUUCAACAUCUGCUAAUUCCAUGUCUUGCUCUAAUGUUGCUUCUGAAAGUUCGCACCCUUCAUCUUCAAAAUUUCCCCGAUCUCGAAACAUUGGAGGUCAGACAGCAAAGGGAGAUACAACACUUUACCAGAGUAUUCUUAGUCCAAGAUCAAGUUCUUUUAAAGAGGUUCCACCAAGAAACUUGUCUUCUCACAGGAUUGCAGCCAGGGAGAAAAUUAAGCGUCGUGGUGACAAUCAUCAGCCAACGGUUGACACCUUGACAAAUGAUUCAACACACAUUUUGGAUUUAUCUUCAACUUCUGAUCAUGACAAAGCAUCAGAAGUUACCAAAACUCUUGCAUUUUCACCAAGUUUUCUGGGAUCACUUGGAAAGCUUGGUGGUGUUCCAUCAAGCCUGGGGCUGAGUGGGGAGGUCCCUCCCAUUGUGUCACCCAUUUUUUCUCCCUAUUAUUGUUGGUGUCCCCCAGGUAUUUCUACCUGUCCUUCCAUUGCAGCAGUUACGCAAUCCCCAAACUCAUCUAUUGAAACACUGCCUUUCCCCUCAGGUGCCUCUUUAUUAGCCAAUCCUCUAUCGGUUAACUUGUUGGAUCCAGUACAACCUCUCGGUACUUCCAUGGACUUUCCUCCUUUUUUGCCUGAUCCACUGGUCAGAAUGUCCUUGCCAACAUCUCAGCAGAUUCCCACAUUCACACCAUUAAUGUGUGAUCCAAUUGUUCAUGUCCCAGUGAUUGACGUGUGCUCUUCAGGUCAGGGCUAUCUUGUGAGUGCUGGCCCUGCAAUGUCACCUAGCAUUCCACCAUUGCAUCCAAACCUUGUGAAGCCAUUGAUUCCUGAAUCUGAUGCUGUGGUGAAGGGUGCAAGAGAGACUCUAAGAUUGCUACUUAGUGGUUCAAGCCAGGGUAACCAACAGAUGAUGAGGGACACUCUGCCUGCAAUUUUAACUAAUCCAGACGAAAAUCAAAACAAUAUCCUUGUGGCUGGAAGUCGUGGUCUUUACACUGGAACCAGAGAUAUUAAUGCUAUUGCAAACAGCAUUGCUGCUAUGGGAUUAGUAUCACUGUCUGGGGUAUCCAAGGUAGACAGUGGAGUCUAUUCGGAGCUAUGUGAAAACUAUGGGAAUUUGGAAGCAGUGAAAAAUUCCAACGAUUCAGGUGGUGGUGCCUUUUUGGAUGAUGAGGGCGGAUCUUCUUUGGAUUCGAAGCAGUAGUGUAGUGAUGAAUGCAAUUGUUUUUCUUUUUUUAUUUAUGUAGAUCUCUUUUGUUUAGCAAAUGUAGAUAUGCGCUGUAGCACUUUUGAAUGGUUUUAAAGUUAAAAUUUCACCAUUCAAGCCUUGAUCCCACGUAGGAGGAUGCAUUGAUGAUUCUUUGUUGAUUAGAUAUUUGGAAUGUGGCUGAAUCAGAUUUUGGCUAGCUGUAUAUCCGAUUUCAGUGCAUGCAAAGGUAAAUUGGUAUGGAACAAUAUGGCAUUGUCCGGUUUCCUUUUU